GUCCCUCUGGGGGGCUGCAGGGACUCGGCCCUGCUCAGCUGCCCGAGGCGUGUUUGCUGUGCUGGGGUGGGCAGGGCUGGCUCCUCUCCAGCACACUUGGCAUUUCCCACUUGCAACCAAGGGGGAGAGCUGCUCAAAAGAACAUGCAAAAUACGGUGCCAAAUCGUGCCCCUAGACGGAUUGCCACAGGAGCGCCUGGCUAAAAUGCAGGAGCGGGAGUGAAAUGAGCCGGGUUCCGAGCUCUACCGCAGACUUUCUGUGGGAUGCUUAAGCUUAGUUCUUCAAUUCCCCUGCCUGGAAAAUGGGGUUAGCGCUUCCAGUCCCACAGGAGCAUUGUGAGACUUCAGGCGUGUGAAGUUCUCUGAAAUUCUCAAGUGGAAAGCCUUAAAUAAGUAAAAUUGAUCAGAAGCGGCAAUAGGAGAAAUGGAGAUGCAGUCAUACUACACAAAACUCUUGGGAGAGCUCAAUGAGCAAAGAAAGAGGGAUUUUUUUUGUGACUGCAGUAUUAUUGUGGAAGGCAGGAUCUUCAAAGCUCACAAGAACAUUCUCUUUGCCAAUAGUGGCUACUUCAGAGCCCUAUUGAUUCAUUACAUUCAAGACAGUGGGCGACACAGCACUGCUUCUUUGGACAUUGUUACUUCAGAGGCCUUCUCCAUCAUCCUAGAUUUCCUUUAUUCAGGGAAGCUGGAUCUUUGUGGAGAAAAUGUUAUUGAAGUCAUGUCCGCAGCUAGCUACUUGCAGAUGACUGAUGUGGUCAAUUUUUGCAAAACAUACAUCAGGUCAUCGCUAGAUAUUUGCAGAAAAAUAGAGAGAGAAGCUGCUUUCUAUCAGGCUGAUAGCGGAAGCUCUAGUUCUGUCAGAGAGGGAACUUCUUAUGGUACAAAGAGCCAGUGCUCUGUCUCCGUCUCUUCUCUGCAAGAAAAGGAAAGGAUUUCUGAUUGUCAGAGAGAUCCUCCCUGUGGUGAAUGUAGCAGCUGCCACCCAAUGGAACUUGUGGUGAGAGACCCUGUAAGCAGUGAUUCUCCAGAUGACAUUAAUUCUUCUCUGCCCAAAGGGGUAGUAGAACCAAAAGUAGAAUUUGACUCUGAUGAAGUGGAAGUAGAAGUGGGUGAACGACUACAGCAGUAUCCAACUCCGUUAUCUCCUGAGCAGAUGGAAGAGGGGCUGCACAGUGGCCAGGCAAUGGACUUGGCCUGCAAUAACUAUCAUAUGAAACAGUUUCUAGAGGCCCUGCUACGCAACAGUGCCGCUCAAAGAAAAGAUGAUGUGGUUCAUCACUUUGUUCGGGGCUUUGAGGGUAGGCCAGAAGAUGCAGGAGUGGCCAUGAGUUCCAUGAUGGACAUUCACAGCGACUGGUAUGGUGAGGAUACAGGUGAUGUGUUAGUUGUGCCAAUCAAGCUCCACAAAUGCCCGUUCUGUCCCUACAUGGCUAAGCAGAAGGGAAUACUAAAACGGCACAUUCGCUCUCAUACAGGCGAGAGACCCUACCCUUGUGAGACGUGCGGCAAACGCUUCACCCGGCAGGAGCACCUUCGGAGUCAUGCUCUGAGUGUGCACCGAUCAAACAAGCCAAUUAUCUGCAAGGGUUGCAGAAGAACGUUCACAAGUAGCCUAUCACAGGGAUUACGGCGCUUUGGCUUGUGUGACAGCUGCACUUGUGUAACGACUACGCAUGAGGAUUCAAUGCCCAUUAACCUCAGUCUGAUGGAACCUUCAUCAGAAGGUCAAGAAAAGGGUGAUACAGACAAUGAUUGGCCUAUAUAUGUCGAAUCUGGUGAGGAAAAUGAUCCAGCUGAUGAUGAUGAUGCUGAUGAUAAGCAGGAGAUCCAUAGAAGCUUAUCAGACCGAGAGGCACUUAUGUAG